ACCUCUGGCUUUAGCAGAGUUUGAUGGAAGACUCUUUUUUUCAUCGCUGAGGCAAAUUCUUAUUGAUUAUUUGCGAAGUCAAACACGUAUCUCAAGUUAUUAGUGCCGAUAGUUUGCGCCGAACCCGAAACAAUGUGCUAAUCGUGAAGAUUUAUAGCUGGAAUCAGCUAUUCGGGUUUGUUAGGAACUGAGUGCUGAUGAGCUGUAAAAAUUCACGACCAUAAACGGGGAAUCGUGAGUCCGAAAGUGUGUGCGUUGCGAGCAAAAUCAGCCAUUCGUGAAGGUUUGCGCUACGACUGAAAACAACUUGGUUUUUUGUGAGCUUUGCGUUGAAGUGGCAACAAUUUUCAUCCGAGAAUAAGGGGAAAAAAGUUCGAAUUUAAGGUCGAAGGGUCGACGGGAGGAAAAAGUUAUUUGCUCACACGCAUACAUUCUCACGCCAAAGGGGAACUACAUCGCAGCGGAAGGUGAGAGACAACAAUGAACGUCGAGUUCAACCGACUGCGUACCUUCGAACAGUGGGAACAUGCCUCGUGGACCAUGGAAACGUCCUUUGAGGAGGUGGCCAAGGCCGGGUUCUACGCGACGGAACGCUUCCUGGAGGCAAAGUGUCACUACUGUGGGGCUACGGUGUACAUUGGAGAGCAGGCGGUCGAUAUCGAAUCGAAACACCGCCAGCUGAACCCGAGCUGCGCCUUCCUGCUCCAUCCGGACCGCACCGACAACGUGCGCUCCUUCGACGCGGCCGAGCUGAAGCGCGAAGAGUGCCGGCUGGCCACCUUCGUCAACUGGCCAGUCGCACACAUCAGCCCGCCAGCGCUGGCCAAAGCCGGCUUCUACUACACCUUCAACUCGGACCAGGUCAAGUGCGCCUGGUGCGAGGGCGUUAUCGGCCAGUGGGAGGUCGGGGACGAUCCGUUUACGGAGCACCAGAAGUUCUUCCCGAGUUGUGAGAAGGUUAUUGCCAACGGUAUUAGCUCAAAUCCGGUGUUGGAUUCUAGUAUUGGGAUCCAGCCGGUGAAACCACCCCACGCUCAACAUUUUAGCUCGUUGGAUUCGAGGAUAAGGACGUUCGAGAACUGGACGACUGGAAACAUUCAGGAUCCGGAACGGCUGGCUCAAGCAGGGUUUUACUAUUUGGGUCGAGCGGAUGAGGUUCACUGCUUCCACUGUGAUGGAGGGUUACGGUUCUGGCUGGCGGAUGAUGAUCCGUGGUUUGAACAUGCCCGUUGCUUCCCCAAGUGUCAGUUCGUGCAGCUGGUCAAGGGACAGCUGUUUAUCGAGAACGUGCAGACCCAGAUCAAGAACAGUAGCGGUCAACAGCCCUCAGGGGGUGCACAAAGCACCGCUACGAUGACGCUGGACGAAGCGCUUUCAACGGAACCGGUUCAGCUUGCGCUUUCCAUGGGACUGAACGCGGGUCGCAUCCGAGCUGUGACGAAGCGGCAGCUGGAGACAACCGGCCAACCGUUCGCACAAUCCCAAGCUCUGAUCGAAGCCGUUCUCGACGGUCAAAUACAGGACGAAGAGCUGGAACCGACCACCUCUUCCCGAAUGGAUCGCCGCAUCGAGAACGAGGUGUCCCGUCUCCUUUGGAGCGCGAUCUCUUCCUCCACCACUCCGAAUCUCAGCUCGUUCAACUCCACCUUUGCACCUUCCGCUUCGUCUCCGGUGUCCGAGGUCCGGAACUCAUCCCAAGCAACUUCCACAGAGAUCGCAGAAGCCGCCGCAGCAGUACCUGAACCAGCGUCCGUCCUCCGACGGCGCAGCAGCUCGGAAGCCGUCAAGCCCGGCGAUGAAAAAACGCACCGCCUGGAGGAGGAGAACAAACGACUGAAGGACGCCCGCGAGUGCAAGAUCUGCAUGGCCGACGAGGUGGGCGUCGUGUUCUGUCCCUGUGGUCAUCUAGUUUCCUGCGUUCAGUGCGCGCCCGCCGUCACGAACUGUCCCGUUUGUCGGGCCAUCAUCAAGGGUCGUGUGCGUACAUUCCUCUCGUAAGGCGAACUAGGGGGCGUUCACGAGGAUUGAAGGAUUCCAUCGCACGUGCACACAAACACACACAGUUUUACACUGAAUAAGAAGGAGGUGGCACCGUUUACAAACAUGCACCACGUGUUACUACUAUUGCUCAGAGAUGCAGAAGCGUGUAUUGUGUGAUUGUGUGGGAGGCACAAGCCGGAAGAACGCGGUAUUUUCGGAGAACCGGUAACUGCAAGCGAGGUUUUGUAGAAGAAUGAAAAGUGUAUCAAUGUUUUCACCUGUAAACGUGAUGGCUAGGAUUGAAGGAUCGUUGACCCUAUUGGAUGUUUUAGAGCUGUCGCAGUUCUGCUUUCCAUAUUGUUUGCAAAUGUCGUCAACGCAGCAAAAAGGUAAUCGAAAUUAUAUGGAAAUAUCUCUACUGCUGGUAGAUAUGGCAGAGGACAAAUAUAUCGGGUUCUAAUAGCGAACAGUAGAGCAGUUAUCUAGGAUCGAAUAUCGUUUUACUUUCUGGCUAAGAAUAUGUCUGCAAAUAGUAUUAAUGUUGAUAGAUUUAAUUGCAAAUACAAUAAAUUAUUGUAAACAUUAAA